CAGUUGUCUUCUGAAAUUCGCGAAAUGUUGAACAUAUUUGUGUGGCUAUCACUAUCGUUGUUAAGUCCCUCCUGGGCCCAAGGAUCGCAUUAUUUACCACCACCAAAUCCAGCCAUGGAACCCAUCAUAACCAAGCAGUUUUACAGUAUAUCACCCGCCGAAGAUCCCGAGGAUCUGCAGCCAAGGACUAAACAUUUGGUUAUCGGACAGCCGCGCAGGAAUUACCGAGUGAUUUUCAUCCGUGCUCCAACAGGAAACAGCGAGCAUGUGAAAUAUACGGCGGAGUUGGCGCCCCAAGAGGAGCAAACUGUCAUCUAUGUGCUAACCCGGAAGCAACAGGAACUUGAGGCCGCGGAUAUUGUGGCACCACAGGAGAAGUCCCAGGCCGAACAGAAGCCAGAUGUCUUCUUCAUCAAGUACAAAACCAACGAUGAGGCAGCGGCUGCCCAAAGGGAAAUCCAAACGCAAUACGACCAACUUGGUGGAAAUACAGAAAUCGCAGCGCCCUAUGUGGCGCCCAUAAAAUCGGUGAUUGGAGCGCUUGGCAGCCCCCAAUAUCCAGCAGCUCCAUACCCGAAUCCAACACAAUCCCCCGGCUAUCACUACGAUAGACCGAUCUCCACAAUCUUGGCGCCAGUGGAACGAACUAACUGAAGCGCCGAUUAUAUCCGCAACAUGUUGAAUAUUCCAUGCUAUUUGCAUAUAAUUGAUAAGCCAUUUCCA